AUGGUAAAGAAAAGAAUAAAGAAUGGUAGCGGAAAGGAGCAAGAUGACGAUGAAGGGAAACUUGAGGUGGAUGUCGAAAUCUCUACUCAAGAAGAAGAAAAUGAUGAAAAACACACUAGAGGUGACGGCCAAGACAAAGCGAAAGAUGAGCAGAUAAGUAUACGCAGCCCUAUCCAAAAAAAUAUAGAAGAAGUUGAUAAACCCUCUCAAAAGGAAAGUCAACUGAUUGAAGUCAGCCCAAAUGUUGGCAAAGAUGCAAGGCAAGAAUUCGAUAGCUCUGGCGAGGCAGAAAAUGAUGCUACAAAGGCAGAUAUUACAAGCACAGAUAGCAAAGCACCUGCAGAUGAUAAGCAGGAGGAAGACUUGUCACUCAAGAUAAGUCAAGGUCCUUUCAGAAUCUCCACAUUAUUAGAUAAUGUACCAUCGAACUUGACGUACACAUGUUGUGAAGCUUACGACAAUCACAUAUUCUUAGGGACAACUACUGGUGACCUUUUGCAUUAUUUUGAACUAGAACGUGGAAAUUAUAUGCUUGUAUCCCAGACAAAAUUUGAUGCAGAAUCGAAUUCGAAGAUAGAGAAAAUUCUGCUUCUACCCAAAGUAGAAGGUGCAUUGAUAUUAUGCAAUAAUGAGCUGGUAUUAUUCAUUCUUCCAGAAUUUGCACCAAGACCUAAUACGACGAGACUUAAAGGUAUAAACGAUGUUGUUAUCUGUAAUUUUUCUCGGAGCUCAAAGGCUUACAGAAUAUAUGCCUUUCAUGCAGAGGGAGUAAGACUACUCAAAAUAUCAGCAAACUCACUUAUACUUGCCAAAACCUUUGAUUUCAAACUCAUAGAUAAGGCGUGCGCACAUGAAGAAACGUUAAUGAUUUCAAAGCUAAAUAAUUACGAACUUAUUAACCUGAAGUCGUCGCAGGUAAUUCCAUUGUUUCGAAUAAGUGAAACUGAUGAAGAAUUGGAACCUAUAAUAACUACUUUUAAUGAAGAGAACGAAUUUCUUGUUUGUUCUGGGGGAGGUUCAUACGAAAGUGGUGCUAUAGCUUUGGUGGUAAAUCAUCAGGGGGAUAUAAUAAAAGGAACGAUUGUGCUGAAGAAUUAUCCAAGAAAUGUAACUGUGGAGUUUCCUUACAUCGUCGUAGAGUCAGGCUUCCAGUCAGUUGAUAUAUAUUCAGCUUUGCCCAAUGAAGAAUCACAACUAUUGCAAAGUAUAACUAGUCCCAUAUCAGAUUUGAAAAUCUCAAAGACAGAUAAAAUAUUCACUAAUGUAAAUAGUUCCGAAGAUUUUAAGAUGAAGCUAUUCAAUAAAUUGCGACUACAGCCCCUAACACAUAGCGACAAUAAGUUUAGAAUAGAAAGAGAACGCGCGUUCGUCGAAAAAUCCUAUGAAGAAAAGACUUCUUUGAUCAUUUAUAAUAGUUUUGGGAUCCAUUUAUUAGUACCGACACCUAUGGUGUUGAGCUUUACAUCCUGUGAAGAGUCUGAGAUUGAUAAUAUUGAAGAUCAACUGAAAAAGCUUGCGAAAAGGAAAAUAACAACGUUUGAAAAAAUAGAAGCGAACUAUCUAAUGUCUCUCUUACUAUUUCUAAUGAUGCUACAUUAUGAUCACAUAGAAGACGAGGUAAUGAAAAAGUGGUGCGACUUUUCUGAUAAAGUUGAUAUCAGAAUAUUGUUUUACCUGUUUGACUGGAAAGUCUAUAGCGAAAUCUGGUGUUUUCAUGGGUUAGUGGAUAUAAUCGAGAGGUUAAAGAGUCUGAAACUCAGUAAUAAAUGUGAGAAUCUCAUAAAAAUGAUUUUGAUGAUGAAAUCAAAAUUAAAGAAAAGGGAAAGAACUGGACUCUUAGCAAACGAUUUCGAUGACAUCAUGAAAACCAUCGAUAUAACUUCAUUCAAUCUACGAUUGAGGGCAAAGCAAACCGUAUCCAUAGAUAUGUUUGAACAUGAAAGUUAUGACGAAAUCAUCAAGGAGAUUAAUUUACGUGGGGAUGAACUUCCAAGAAGAAACUUACUAAUUCAAAUAUAUAAAGAGAAAGGAAAUUUUUUGGAACCGUUGAACCUUUUGAAGAAAGCUAAUGAUUAUGAGUCACUAAUUUCAUUCAUUGAAGAAAAUAUCAAGAACCUUCCUGAAGACUAUGUCAAAGAAACAUUAAUCGAUGAUCUUAUUCUCAUUCUUAGACAAAAUAAUGAAAACACGGAGGAAGGUAAAAUUGAACAAAUUCUUAAAAUAUUAACUAUGGCAGGUGUAAAUAAGAAUGAAUUUUUGGACAGAAUACCGGAAGAGGAUAUAUCCUUGAGAGUAUCAUUUAUAGAGAAAUUGGGCGUUCAAAAUAGUAACGAUUCAAAAUUUCUGUUCAACUAUUAUUUAACAAAGCUACGAGAGAUAAUCAGCCAAGACAAAAUAUGGUCUAUUCUUGAGCAUUUCAUUGAAGAGUACAAAGAUGACUUGGAGUAUGACAAGACAGAUAUAACAAACUUCAUUAACAUCAAGUUAAAACACACCCUCACAUGCGAAAGGUUCUCAAAAUAUUAUGAGAAAUGUGAGAUUUUAAAACUGGAAAAAAAAGAAGAUGAGGCAUUUAUCAAAUUUACCUUCGAUGAAAUUUCAAAAAUUGAUAAGGAACAUGUAUUGAGCCUUUUAUUCUUCUCCAAUGAUUUGAUGAAUUGGAUUUCUUCCAAAGAAUUGCUAAAAAUAUUUCUGUCAUUUAAUGAUUUCAGAAGCGUAGAAAAAUUGACGGGCAAGCAGGAUUUGAUUGCCGUCAUGACAAGAUAUCUAGAGAUAUCUCCCUCGAACUAUUCUAUUGAUUUAGUAACCAAUUUACUGCGAAGAAAUUUUGAACUUUUGGAUGACGUAGAAACGCAAUUAAUGGUCUUUAAAACUAUACCUUCUGUUUUUCCUUUACAAUCAAUAUCUGAAUCACUCUUGAAGAUAAUUAUCCAGUACCAAGUAAAGAAAGAGGAAUCUAACUUACGAAAGUCUUUGUUAAAAAAUCAAAUCUCCAUUUCUGACGAAGUAAGUCGAAAUUUUGAAAAUCCAGAAUGA